AUGGAUCUAGUAUUCCUCACUACCAUGAGGACCCGACCGGAACGGAUCGGGGAUCCCCAGCUUAGAGGGCUUAGAAAUUGCAAUCUGCUACGCUUCAACAAGGUUAGCACUUCAUCGCUACCGAGGCCGAUCACUCAAGUCGGAGUAAGGCUACACCCUUUGAAGUAUUUUGAAUGCAUCAGAUCGUCAACAAACAAUGGAGGAAAAGUAUAUGAAGUGAGAACUAAGAAACAACUUUCUUUAAGAUCACUGUCAUACCAACCCAAAGUGUUACAACCUCAUAAAGUCCAUAUUUUAACAAGGGAAGAACUUUCAUGUAGAGCCACCACAAGAGAAGUUUCCUACUUGUUGGUUCAUGUACACCUAAAGAUUCCAUAUCACCAUGCAGUUUCUGCAAAAGUAUCACCAAAUCAUAUGAGUUUAGGGCAUGUGUUUUAUGUGUAUUAAUGGGUAUGGUUAGUUAGUUUGGAAGAUAUUUUUGUUUUAAAUAUUCUGAAUGUUGUUGUAAGACAAGACAAAUUUUAAUUCAAG